AUGGGUUUGGGUUCUUUUAGAUCCCUGAAUUUGGCUCUAUUAUCGAAGUGGCUAUGGAAACUCAAGGUGGACUUGGAACACCUAUGGGCCCGCAUAGUCACGGCCAUACAUAAACUUGGGAAUGAUCUUAAUUAUUGCUUUGCAAAGGCAUCGUCAAGUGGUGUUUGGUCGAACAUUGCUAAAUCAUUUAGGGAAAUGGAGAAAUUCGGCUUGACGACACCAAAAGUAAUGAAGAUGGCGAACUCAAAUGUUAGAUGGAUAACUGAUUUUGAAGAAGAUGGGAAAUUAUCUGUAGCAAUAUUAAGAACAAGGCUCGAUCGGGCAACCCACCCGAUACCCGAUGGUGAAUUCACAUGGUCUAACGCGGUUCCAAAAAAGGUCGUGUGUUUCGUAUGGAGGGCAAAACAAAACCGAAUCCCAUCAAUGGUGGCGCUAAUCAAAAGAGGGGUUCCAGUUAACACUAUUACUUGUGAUGUGUGCCAAGUAAAUGAUGAAACAACGGAUCAAUUGCUUAUAGAGAGCCCGUUGGCGAAAGAAGUGUGGUCAACGGUGGAACAAUGGUGUGGUUUAUCGAAUUCCUUCCUGGAGUGUACUACAGUCCAGGAGGUGCUGGCGAAGGACAGAAGAUGGAGAAUUGAUAUUGCAAUUGCACUACAACUUCGAGGUUGUUAUUUUCUGGUAGUUGUUUUAAAGGUCAGAGCAAGCAUGUUGAACAUGAGCUGCUAA